AUGCAUGCANAGUACGCGCCGCACAAUGUAACAUCUCAGAAAAUUGAGCGGAAGACACAAGACAUCGACUUCUUCCUACACAUACGUCCCACCAUCGCCAUUGCCAAAACUUGCAACAACAUGCUUCCUACAAACAUACCGAAUCUCGAAGUCUUGAUAAAUCAACGGACAGUCCGCAGACCUGUCAAUGCCUUUUACAGAAAGCGCGAUUACACCGAACGCGAGCUCGACACCCUGAAGCGUCUGGACUCAGACGCGAGCAAGGCAGCUGGACGUGAACUGUCAGAUACAGAAUGCAACGUCUUGCUUGAAUACAAAGGUCGAAUGAUCGCUACUCAAUCCCGAACCCAUACUCUCGGAUUUGCAACCGGCAUUGUCACCGGGCUGGCCUUCACCCUCUCUGUGCCUAGGGUACGUGAACUUUGGAAUCGCCAANCCUACAUUCGCUGGACCUGGAACCUGUGCUGGCGUACUUAUGUCGGUUAUUACAUCGCUGGUCGAGUCGCCCACAUCCAGAUUGCACGCCAGACAGACCGGCAUCCGCUAAACACCACGAUCCUCGGUGAUCCUCGCAUGCAGGCUUUUAGAGAGUCAAUCGAACUCCGGAAAGAAGAGUUCGGAGGACAUGAGCCCUUCCUUGCGAGAAGUUGGAGAAUGAUGGGUCACCCUGAGCCUCCAAUCCAAUGGUUUAGCAACCGAAAUCCCAUGUCGAGCGCUUAUCCAAGUAGACCCCUUGUAGACCAUCCUGAACUGAGUUGGUACAGGGCAUGGCCAUCAGAAAGCGGAGGAGAACGGCCUGGAGACGAUGCUUUGGUGAGCAGGAAGCAGAAGAUGAUGAAUUUGUCGGACGGCUCACGGGAUCCGUUACAAUAUAUGAGAGGCAGCUUGUUUGUUUGGUUCACCACAGACCUGGCUCUGAAGCCUUGCAUGUACGUCGAGUAG